UAUUUUCAGUGGUUGCCAAGAGCAACGCCGUCGACAACCCUUUUUGGCCAAUGACAGCGCGAGAUAUUGCAAAUUAGCCAAUCAGUGGACUCGUUGGUAGAGCGGAACAACCGUCUCCUGCACAAACAAAAGUCGAGAUUUACCGAUAAAUUAGCCAACUUAGCUUGGUAGCCAUGAGCUGCUGGACGUUUAUUUAAGUUUGGUUUUGAUUUAAGUGAUGUUGCAAAGGGCCAAACCGAAACAGUGACAUAAAUGGAUCAUUCACCGCCGGUUCACGUCCAUGUACCGGAGACCACUCCUGUACAUGUUCAUAUGAGGAGGAGUCCCAGAAAAACUUCACAGAGAAGGAUUAAAGACUCCGUGGCUAAGGGAGAUGGGGGGAGGGCAAAGGUCAAGGCACCGUGGAUUCCUCCAGGAAGACUGUCCUGCCGCAGAGAUAGAAGCAGAGUGCAGCAUCAGUCAGAAAGUGGGGUUGGACAUCAGCGUGAUGAAGAAGAACAGGAUGAAGAGGUGGCUGCAGUAUCCAAAAACCUCAGUCUUCUUCUCCAAGAGCAUGAAAGCAUUCAUCAUUUAAAGAGGUCAGAUUCUAGGGGUCAAUACAAAGACACAGAGGCCCUGCUGCGGAUGCUUGUAGAAGCAGAAAUUGAUGGCGUAGCUGUAGCUAAUCAGCUGACAGCCCUGAAGGAUUCUAUCCACUGCCUUGUUAAGGACAAGCGGCUAUCAAAGGUGCACGCAGCAUCACUGGCGCGGCAGCAGAGUUUGUUGUUAGAGAAGGUGGAGAUGUUCGACCAUACGAACCACAACCUUCGAGAGCUCCUCAGAGACUGGAGUGAAGACAUGAGGGAAUCACUGGUGUGGCAGGAGCAGAAAGAUGCGUUAAAGAAGAGACUGGCUGAGAGUGAAGCAGACAACAUUCGACUUGUGGCCAAACUUGCCCACAAAGAGAAAGAAGCUUCUAAGCUUGCUGAACAUCUGGAUUUUGAAAAGGACAACAUAAACACAACAACAGAGCUUUCAAGGAUCCUGGAGUCAACUCGCGACCACCUGGAGUCUGAGCUUAACAGAGCAGGAGCUGAAAAUGCUCAUCUGACUGCUCAGAUUCAGAGGAUGCAACAGAGCCACAAGCAGCAGCAAAAGGAACUUCUGGCUCUGCAGGACGAGCUGCAGACUCUGAAGCAACAGAGAGAUGAGAAAGAGGAUGAGAAGAGCCGGAGGGACAGGGAAGCUCUGGUCCUGGUCACCCAGCAGGCCAUACGCGUAGAGGAGUCUGCCAGGCAACUGACAGAAAAACUUCUGGAGAAGGAAUCCCAGUUAGCUCAUGCUCUGUCCACAUCCAGUGACUGGUGCACCCGACACGCUAAAGAGGCAGCUGCUAGAGAACAUCUGGAAGAGGAAGUCUCUGCUCUCAGGGUUCAGGUGACCGAGCUGACCUCACAGUUAUAUGCAUCAGAAGAGAAAAUUCGGGCAGAAAGGGAGAAGCUCAGGGAUCAGUUUCAUAAUCUCAGUGCUGAAAAUGCAUCCAGCAAGCUGGACAACCAGAAACUCAAGGUCGAGUUGUUAUCAUCUGAGGAGAAUCUCCGGGGAUUUCAGUCUGAAGUUCAUCAGCUGAAAUCAUCCAUCAAAAAGUAUGAAAACCUUUUAGAGAAAUACAAGAAGAAGGUCCAUCAGGUUCGUAUGGAAUCGGACGAGUACCGUCUAAAACUGGAGAUGAUGCAGAAGGAGGCACGAGAGGUGAAGGUGAGUCUGGAGAGGGAGAUGGAGCAGGUGAGGAAGGAGCUGUUGGGCAGGCUCAGAGAGCUCGAGGCGCUGCCCGAAAGGCUGAGGAGGACUGAGCAGCAGCUCCGGGAUGCGCAGCAAGAGGCCGACGCUCACCAGAGGAGGAACAUGGAGCACAGUUCAGCUCUGUCUGAUGUCAGACACAGGGUGGAACAACAAGGCAGUCAGCUGGAGACGUUUCAGCAGAGGAAUGUGUUGCUGCAAGAGGAGAACAACGUCUUCAAAGAAAAAAUUCACAACUUAGAGAGGAAGCUGGAGGACACGAAGGUGGAGAACGAAGAGAAGUGUCAGACUCUCAGCUUGAAAGAAGCAAGCAUUCGCAGCAUUCAGCAGCAGCUGGAGGAGAAGAGCCGCGAGUGCAGCGCUUUGUCCCGCCAGCUACAGCAAACGCUGGACGAUGCACACAAACAGGUGAACGACAGCAUGCAAAGGGUUUUAGCUAAAGAGAGAACAUCCCAGUCUAAGUCCUUGGACCUGCAAAGCCAACUGAACCGAGCCAAGACAGAGCUGAGUCAGCUACAGCGAAGCAAGGAGGAGAUGGAGCAACGUUUCCAGACUCAGCUUCAGAACAUGAAGGACAGGCUGGAGCAGUCGGACUCUACAAACCGAAGUCUGCAGAACUACGUCCAAUUUCUCAAGACAUCAUACGGAAACGUGUUUGGUGACUCUUUACUCACAAGCUGACUUCUGUGUCAGCCUGAGCAGCUUUCAUCCAGCUGGAAGGACUGUAAUAGACCUAAAUCACAUUUGUCAAAAGUCUUUUAUACUGUCUAUGAAUUUAAUAUGUCUUUGUAGAUGUUUUUAAUAACUUGAAAUUAUUUGCAUUCCUUUAAUAAUUAAAUUCCUACACAACUCUG